UGUUGUUAAAUACAAAUUUUUGACUGGCAUGUGAAAAGCAUGCAUGUUUCUUUAAAUAUUGUUUAAUUAUUAAUACAAAAUGAAGGUGAAGAAGCCAAAAGUUGCUAACAAUAAAGUUGGAGAGGAAAACCAAGCUUUGGUUAAGGUUAAGUCGAAGAAGGCUUUCAAUAAGCUGAACAAGAAAUCCAAGGUAAUUGAGAAACCCAAAGAAGAAUAUAAUGUUGAGAAGUUGCAGAGUGAGCUGUCUGCAAUUCUCAGUGGAUCGUUUGGUAAGAAGUUGAACAAAUGUGUUGAAGAUAUAAAUGCUGCUGAGACUGUUAAAGUUACCAAAAAGAAGAAAUUGCUUAAGAAAACUGAUGGUGAUGAUAAGAAACAAGAAGUAAGCAAAUCAGAUUCAAGUGUGAACACAGUGAAACCAAACAAAAAAAAUAAAGUUGUAACGCAAAGUAUUGAAGUUUCUGAAAAUGUGAAGAAUGAAAAACUUGGUAACAAAAUUAAGAAAGACAAACCUCAGUUGAAAACUGCAGUUCAAGAAAAUGAAACUAAUGUUGAAAGAAAGAAGUUUAAAAAGGAGAAGCCUGUUAAAAACAAGAAUAAAGCAAGUAAGGAAAUUAAAAUCAAUAAAGUAGAAUUAAUUAAUGAAAAGCUUAAAAGUAAGAAAAAUAAAGUUAACAAUAUUGGUAAUAAAAAUGAAAAUAGAAAAUUAAUUACUGAUAAGGAAGAAGAUGAUAGUAAAGACUUUAAGAAUGUUAAGAAGAAUAAAGGACAUUUAAGUAAUAAGCAGAAAACAAAUGAGAAACUGGAUAAUGAGUCCAAUAACAAGAAAGUAAAAACUGAAUUGAUUGAAAAGAAGGAAGAAGUAAAAGUUGAAGCAGAAGACACAACUACUAGUUCAAUGUUUCCACACAUGGAAAAUAAAAAGGCGAAAAAGAAAGCGAAUUUAAUGCAUUCAAAUGUAGAUUCGAAUAUCGAUUAUAAACGUAACAAUGUUAGUGAGAAAAGUGUAGAUUUAGCUAAGAUUCUGCAGGAUGAGAAGAAGUUGAAGCUAUACAAUAUGUUGAACGAAGCAAAGACGAAACCAGUUAAAUUGGCUGGAAAGAGGAAAAUGGCAAAAUUGCCGUUGCGAGAGAGAAUGAUGGAGAAAUUGAAAGCGGCCAGAUUUAGGUAUCUCAAUGAGCAAAUCUACACAACGGACGGAAGCGAAGCGAAAGCCAUGUUCCAAAGUGAUCCAGCCGCUUUCAAAGCUUACCACGAAGGUUUCAGUCAGCAAGUGAACAGGUGGCCAAUAAACCCAGUUGAUGUCAUCAUUGAGAGCAUUAAAAAAAUGUCCAAGAAUCUUGUCAUCGCUGAUUUCGGUUGCGGGGACGCAAAGAUCGCUAAAUCCGUUGAAAACACUGUGCAUUCUUUCGAUUUGGUAGCUUCCGAUGAUGCAGUAACAGCAUGCGACAUGUCCAAUGUCCCAUUGGAAAACUCGAGCGUUGAUGUCGCUGUCUUCUGCUUAUCCUUGAUGGGCACAAAUUUGCAGGAUUAUAUUAAAGAAGCCAACAGGGUGCUCAAAAUGGGGGGAAUAUUGAAGAUAGCUGAAGUCGAAAGCCGAUUUGAUAAAGUGGAGACUUUCAUCAGCGGUAUAAGUCAUUUCGGUUUUAAGAAGACGUGGAACAAUUUGGCCAACGAUAUUUUCUUUUUCAUUGAUUUCAAGAAAACCGCUAACGUUAAAGGAAAACAAUUACCCACCGUCAGUCUGAAACCAUGCCUUUAUAAAAAGCGUUAAGUGUUGAGAUAAAUUAUUUUAAUUGUUAUUAAAAGUUAUUACAUAAUA